AUGGCUUUGGGAAAAAGUAGACUGACUUUCUUGCUCAUGCUGGCUUUCUUUGGCGUUUGUUUUGGUGCUGUGUAUAGAGUUGGUGACUCCAAUGGGUGGACUUCUAGAGGCCUUGUUGAUUACAAUGAGUGGGCUUCAACAAAAGACUUUUAUGUCAACGAUACCCUAAUUUUUACUUACAACAAUCAAUUCCACAACGUGAUGCAAGUUACUAACCAAGAUUUCGAAUCUUGCAACCCUACCUCUCCGGUCGCAGUCUAUACCUCGGGAUCUGACACCAUCACCCUUGAAAGACAUGGAAACUUUUACUUUAUGUGUGGCGCUCCUGGCCAUUGUCAAGCCGGACAAGGGUUGAGAUCACGGCCACCCUACCUACACCAGAUGACUCAUUUGCAAGUCCAAGCCCGACACCUUAUGGAUCAUCACCUUCAGCCUCUCAUCCUGAAGUGCUUUCGCCAAGCUCAGCCCUAA